UAAACAAACGUAGGCUAAAUGCGUAUGUAGAAUCGUUCAAAAGCCGGAAGGGGGAGUCUGGAGACAUGUGUUCAGACGUGAGCUUUGAAUGCAAAACUUUGCCAGUCACGUACGUCGCACUCAUCAUGUGCUCAGGCUGUGUGGACACGGAUUGAAAAUAAUCGAAUGACCAUUUAUUCGAUUUAGGGCCGCAGAUUCACUUAACAUUUGGCAAUGCCCUCGUAAGGAGUUCUUUUCAUUGCUGUCGCAAACACUUGGCGACUGAGCUUGGGGGUAGCUGGCUAGUGAGCUAGCUUUCAAACGUUAGCGGAGUACAACCAGGAAUCAGCUCGUUUUUACGGACUUGGGGAAAUGUUCUUUCGCGGGUCGAGGUAAUAAACCGGAACUAUUGACGUACACCGACCAGCUAAUUAUUUACAGCUCCUGGCAAUCGGUGAGAUAACGACAGGAGACGCCACCAUAUUCCUUCGGCGUAACUAUCAAACCACUCCAAGACCUAAAUGUCGGAUCAUAGCUGGAAUUCAUCUGGUUCAGACGAGGAUCAGGACCCUGAAUUGGGACAGCCUGUUGAAUUCGGUGGCGUCCUCAGCAAGUGGACCAACUACAUUCAUGGCUGGCAGGACCGGUGGGUGGUGCUGCGGAAGAACACCCUGAGCUACUAUAAGUCGGAGCAUGAGCGCGAGUUUGGCUGCCGCGGCUCCCUCUGCCUCAGCAAGGCAGUCAUCACGCCUCAUGAGUUUGACGAGUGCCGCUUUGACAUCAGCGUGAACGACAGUUUGUGGUACCUGAGGGCCGAGGACCCCGAGCACAGGCAGCAGUGGAUCGAGAGCAUCGAGCUACACAAGGCAGAGUCUGGCUACGGGUCCGAGUCCAGCCUGCGUCGCCAUGGCUCCACCCUGUCCCUCACCUCUGCAGCCAGUGGCUUCUCCGCCACCUCCACCUCCUCAUUCAGGAAGGGCCACAGUUUGCGGGAGAAGCUGGCGGAGAUGGAAACCUUCCGGGACAUUCUGUGCCGACAGGUGGACACGCUGCAGAGAUACUUUGACAACUGCGCCGACGAGGUGUCCAGAGACGUUUUCCAGAGAGACAAAGUGGUAGAGGAUGAUGAGGAUGACUUCCCCAGCACCAAGACACCAGACGGAGAAUACCUGCUCAACAACAGCAGCAAGGAGAAAUUGUGUUCACAGGGGACCCUUAAGGAGGCAAACGGCAUUGAUUUCAAGGGCGAGGCCAUCACCUUCAAAGCCACCACGGCGGGGAUCCUCUCCACGCUGUCCCACUGCAUCGAGCUGAUGGUCAAACGGGAGGAGAGCUGGCAGAGGAGGUUGGAUAAGGAAAUGGAGAGGAGGAGACGGACAGAGGAUGCCUACAAGGCCGCGCUGUCCGAGCUCAAGAAGAAACCUCACUAUGGUGGACCAGACUAUGAGGAAGGACCAAACAGUCUCAUCAAUGAAGAGGAGUUCUUUGAUGCUGUGGAGGCAGCGCUGGACAAACAGGACAAGAUCGAGGAGCAGUCCCAGUCGGAGGCAAAGAGCCGCACUUUGUUGUCUAUUCCGAUGACGCCCGGAGACACCCACUCCACACUAAGCACCCACAGAUACUCCACCAAGCCUCAUAGUCAUGCUUCCUCCCUGUCCUCCAUGGAGCUGGUCAGUGCCUCCGAGGAUGUGCACAGGUUCAGCGCACAGGUGGAGGAGAUGGUUCAGAACCACAUGGCGUACUCGCUGCAGGAUGUGGGUGGUGAUGCCAACUGGCAGCUGGUGAUUGAGGAGGGGGAGAUGAAGGUGUACCGGAGAGAGGUGGAGGAGAAUGGGAUUGUCCUCGACCCCCUGAAAGCCACCCACUCCGUCAAAGGCGUCACCGGCCACGAGGUCUGCCACUACUUCUGGGACACUACCUUCCGCUACGACUGGGAGACCACUGUUGAAAACUUUAAUGUAGUCGAGAGAUUGUCAGACAACGCUGUCAUCGUCUACCAGAUACACAAGAGGGUAUGGCCGGCCUCCCAGAGGGACGUCCUCUACCUGUCCGUCAUGCACAAAGUCCCGUCCACUAAUGAGAACGACCCCGACACAUGGCUCGUCGCCAACUUCUCCGUUGAUCACGACAGCUCUCCGCCCACAAACAAGUGUAUCCGUGCCAAAAUCAAUGUGGCCAUGAUCUGUCAAACCCUCGUCAGCCCACCAGAGGGCGACAAGGAGAUCAGCCGGGACAACAUCAUGUGUAAAAUCACAUAUGUAGCCAAUGUGAACCCAGGAGGCUGGGCCCCUGCCUCUGUCCUCCGGGCGGUGGCCAAGAGAGAGUAUCCCAAAUUCCUGAAGCGUUUCACCUCCUACGUCCAGGAGAAGACCAGCGGGAAGCCCAUCAUGUUCUAAUACAACGCGGUCAGGGUUUGGGCAUGCACAUCGCUCCCGGAUGUCUGCAGGAACCCGACGAGGUCUGGAGUGGAGUGGAGCGCUCCCCCCUGGACCCAG